AUGUCUCGUGAGGCUCGGGACUCAUUUUACAAGUGGUACGAAGAAUGUGUCACAUCAGAAUACAAUUAUAAUUUCAAAGAAGAAUUGAGAUCAUAUUGUAUAAAUGAUGUGGACAUUCUUCGUACAGCGUGUUUGGCUUUUAGAGCAUUAUUUCUUAAAGUUGCCAAUGUCGAUCCAUUUAUUGAGAGCAUAACAAUUGCAUCGGCUUGCUCAAAAGUUUUCAGAAAAAAUGAUCUAAAAGCUGAUCAAAUAGGUGUCAUACCAAACGGUGGUUAUAGAAGGGCUAAUAGACAGUCGAAAAAAGCCAUCGAAUGGUUAUUAGCCUUAGAACGCGAUUGGGACAUUGAAAUUACUCAUUCAGGCAGGGCACGAGAAUUUAAAUUGCCAGAGGGAUGUCUAGUCGAUGGCUAUUUUGAAAAUAAAGAAGUAAGUACGAAAGUAGUUUACCAAUUCCAUGGUUGCUACUGGCAUGGGUGUCCGCAAUGUUUUAAAUUGAAUCGGGUUAAAAAGUUAGGUUUCGAUAAAAGUUCUGAAUCUCUAAAUGAUCGUUUUGAACGAACAAACGCUCAAACUGAUCGAAUUCGCUCAUUAGGAUAUGAGGUGGUCGAAAAAUGGGAGUGUUCCUUUGAUAAGGAAAAAAUUCAAAAUGAUAAUUUACGCAGUUUCUUAAAAGACCACCCACUUUUAAUGACUGACGCCUUGAAUCCUCGAGAUGCAUUUUAUGGGGGUCGAACAGGUAAUACAUUUUCGUAUUACGAGGCUAAGGGUAAAGUGAAAAUAUCAUAUCUUGAUGUUUGUUCACUUUAUCCAUUUGUUUCAAAAUAUGGAAAAUUUCCCAUUGGUCAUCCCAAAGUUUACAUCGGUGAUGACUGCAAAAGUUUAACCGAUGUAAACUUUGAUUUAUCUAAUGUCGAGGGACUAGUCAAAUGCAGAGUAUUACCGCCUACCAAUAAGUAUUUACCUGUUCUGCCUGUCCGUAUGCAUGGUGAACUCAUGUUCCCUUUGUGUAAUACUUGCUGUAAAGAACAAAUACAGAGCGAUUGUCCACAUGUAAAUAACACAAAUGCGCGAGAAAUUGAAGGAACAUGGGUUUCCGACGAGAUAAAAGCUGCGAUUCAAGAGGGGUAUCAAAUUACUGCCAUUUUUGAAAUUUGGCAGUAUGAGACUACUCAAUAUAAUAAGGUCACAAAAAUGGGCGGUCUUUUUGUAGAAUAUAUGAAUCGAUUUUUUAACUGA